UCAUUGUCCACACAAAGCAUUGUCUGUCCAGAUCAGUCAAUCUGCAUGGAUGGCUGUACAUGUUGUCCAGUGUCUACUGGAGGUUUUGGAGGCUGUCCUUUAGCCAAAGCAGUCUGUUGUGCAGAUGAACAACACUGCUGUCCAAAUGGUUAUAAAUGUAGUUUGUCAGAUGGUUCCUGUUACCUUGCUAACAUAAUACUCCCAUGGGUUGAACAUGCUCCAGCUGUUCCUAUAGAUAAGAAUGUUGAAGUUGUUGUAUGCCCUGGUGGUAAACAGGAAUGCCCCUCACAGAUGACUUGUUGUUCAGUACACAGAGAUUUAUAUGGAUGUUGUCCGGUGCCUGAUGCGGUUUGUUGUGAUGACAAAAUUCACUGCUGUCCCAAAGACUAUACAUGUAAGGAUAGCCGCUGUCUUAAUGGAGAUAUUAACUUGCCGAUGUUGGAACGUGUCUCGGCUAAAUACACCCACAAAGUAGAGUCAGUGAUGUGCCCAGAUGGUCAGUCUGAGUGUCCAGAUGGGAGCACAUGUUGUAUAUUAGCCAGUGGUCAAUAUGGAUGCUGUCCUUUACCAAAGGCUGUAUGUUGUGAUGAUCACCAACACUGUUGUCCUAAUGGCUACAAAUGUGACACGGCAGGAGGAUCAUGUCAGAAAGGAGAUGACGCCAUACCCUGGUUAAAGAAACACAAUUCUAUUCCGAUGUCUGGUAACGUAAAGUGCCAGGAUGGUUCAGAGUGUCCUAGUGGUAGUACAUGCUGUAAACUGCCUACUGGGGACUAUGGCUGCUGCCCAUAUCUUGAUGCUGUCUGCUGCAACGAUGGUCUACAUUGUUGUCCUAAAGGUUAUACUUGUAAUACCAAGGAAGGAACGUGUCAAAAGGCAUCAAUUAAUAUGUUGCCCUGGGUGAAGAGUUCAGAAGGUCUGGUUGAUCUGGUUACCUGCCCUGACAAGGCAAAAUGUCCUGAUAAAACGACAUGUUGUCAGUUGCCAUCUGACAAGUAUGCCUGCUGUCCAUUAGAACAUGCUAUUUGUUGCGAGGAUAAGAUACACUGCUGUCCAGAUUAUUUGACAUGUGACAUGCCAUCUGGAAAGUGUGUUCGCAAAUCCAUCAUAUCUAUUCCAUGGAUGGAGAAAAUCCCUACACUUAUAGAUUAUGUGAAUGUGGAUGUUUGUCCAGAUGGUCUGACAGGUUGUCUGAGUGGGCAGACUUGCACAGCUACAACCUCUGGACAAUAUAACUGCUGUCCUAUGCCAAAUGCUGUCUCUUGUGAUGGUGGUGAACACUGUUGUCCCCAUGGUUACGCAUGUGAUAAACACCAAGGAUGUUUAGAAAUGGAUAAUGUUCCCCUAUCUUCAGUACAGCUACCAUAGUAACAUCUGUUUUUGCAAGAAUUGUCUUUAUCGAGGGAACUAAAUUUGAGAAGGCAUAAUUGUAUAUUUUUUGUGAUGAUAAUUUUUUUUACAUUUUUGGCAUUAUUUUCUGUGCAAAUUAGACUAUUGUAGUUAUUCAGAAUGUUGCACUAAAUUUUUGAGCAUAUCUGGGACUUCUUAUGUUGCAGUACAGCACCCUCAGGUGUUUAAUUGUGUAAUUACUUUGUUUCUGUUGUACCUUAAGGUGGUAUUGUGAACAUUAGACAAAUCACUGCUAAAGAUUAACCAUUCCCAAAAUAUUCACUUCCUGUUUUUAAAAAAAAUGUAAUAAAGUAAUCCAUCAAUUAAAAUUGUACAAUCUUCGAUAUCGAGAUCCAUGUUAAGAAUGUUGGCAUUCAGAUAUGAUCACAUGACAUGUAUAUAAUAUCGAAAAAUUAUGCAUUCCAAAUAAACCAUGGAGGGAAUACUUUUGUUUGUUGUAUAUUGAGGGCUCGCUACUACAUACCAUAGCAUGUCCUGUUUUGAUCAAUAAGCUUCCCAUGUGUAUUGAUAUUUGGUAAUGAAUUUUCCAUAUACAAAUAAAGGUGACUUGGACAAUCUAUCAAGAAAAGUAGCUUAA